GAAGGUGAGUUCCUUCCUCAAGAAUUGAACUCCUUGCGACCCAGCUCUCAGCGUCUUGCACUUGCAGGCAAUGUUUCCUGCAAGUGUUCGUGGCGCAGUGGAACUGGGCAACCAGCUGCUUCAAUCUGUUUUUUUUUUCAGCGCAGAGACCAGCAUCCUUGCGAUUUCGUGCUUUUGAAAUACGGCAACUCCGCGUGUGUACUUCGCUCCAAAUCGUGGAAAAUGAGGAACCAUUCAUUGAUAGAAAGGUUGUUACCUCGUCCGAGUAUCCCUUUCGUGCUCGGGCAAUACCUGCGGCCGGUCACAUCAGCUGUGCACGGUCCCUUUCUCUGGAAACGUCGUCACGGAGGCUCUUCAUUCUCUUCUCAUUACUAGUGUUGUGGCCCUACGUGUCGAGCGACUUUGAAAAGUCCGAGCACUGGAAAUGAUAUCCCCAGGUGCUCCGUGCUGAGCGCCGCCACAGUAUUGAUCAACCACGAAGCGGAAUGGAGUGCGGUGCGCUCUGCCAGUACGCGUCGUUGCCGGAGUACGAGAGUCGUGAUUAUGAGGAGAUCAACAGCAAGCUAGCGAGACAAGAAGCUCUAGAAUACGAUAAAUGGCAAACUCGCUUGAAGUCGUUUUACCGCUGGGUGAUGUGCUUCAUGAUCGGUGCCGUGACGGCGAUGGUCUACAUGGGAGUGAACACAGCGACGGAACAUCUUGGAGACGCAAAGUUCGAUCUUUUGGAGCAGUAUGUUGAUGAUGGAAAACUGGCCGCAGCUUUUUUUUUCAAUUUGGCUGUAGCUCUCGCACUCAUCCUGUUCGGUGUGACUAUUGUACUCAUGGAGCCGGCCGCAGCGGGGUCCGGGAUCCCAGAGGUGAUUGGCUUCCUGAACGGAUCAGCGCCGGCGCGAUUGAUGAGCUGGACGACGAUGGUGGGCAAGGUCAUCGGUGUUAUCUGUGCUGUUGGCGCUGGUCUCUGUGUGGGACCGGAGGGUCCAACUAUCCACAUUGGAGCUCUUCUCGGAGUUGGCAUCCUGAACUUCUGCAUUUUCAUCCUGGAUCGAUUCAAGAAGGACCAUUUCCUGAAGUCGCUGAGAAACGACGUCGACGAGAGAGGCUUUGUGUCAUGUGGUGCAGCCGCAGGCAUCGCAGCCGCUUUCCACGCCCCGAUUGGUGGUGUCCUGUUCUGUCUGGAAGAGGCCAUCUCAUUUUUCACCAGCAAGAUGAUCUCCCGCGUGUACUUGACGUGUGCAGUGGCCUACUAUGUAUUGUACUUCCUGGAAGACGGAUCUGCUCGGUUUGACAGCAGUACGUUCACGGAGUUUCAGCUGGAUCUGACCUGCCACAUCAGCUACUAUGCCCAGGAUAUCUUCUGGUUCGCUGUGCUGGGUGUGCUAGGCGGGUUGUUUGGCAGCAUCUUCAACAUGCUGGUUAUCAACGUCACUAAACUGCGUAUCAAGUUCAUCAACCCCAAGGGCUACCGCCGUGUGUUGGAGGCAGUUGGUAUUGUCUUGAUCACCACUAUUGUUGUCACAUUCGUCCCCUUCAACUACGGAUGCAGCCUACCAACGGAGCUGACUAAGCACACGACUUCAGUUUUCAACCGGACAUACUACGACAACCAUGAAGUGUGCAUGACAAGCACUAUUUGGUCCAAUCUGAGCGGCACGGCCUGCCCUGAAUGCUACAACCACACAAAGAGUGACUGGGAUGUGGCGUACGCACACGAUAGUGACGACUGGAGAGAGAGAAUUGCUGACUUCCUGGAGGAUCAGAAUAUUCGACGGGGUGGUUGCCCCAAGGGACAGUACAACGAGAUGGCCACUCUCUUCUAUGUUAGUGGCCAUAAUGGUGUGGGAAACCUCUUCAAACAGGGAGCCUAUGACUACUUACAUGCAGGCACGAUAAUUGGCUUCGGAGUGCUCUACUUCAUCCUGGCCGGUAUAACCGCUGGCAUGAGCAUUGCGUCUGGUCUCGUUGUGCCAAUGCUGACCAUAGGUGGAUGUCUGGGCCGAGUGUGGGGAAUAUUCAUCAAUGAAUACGUCAAGGAACGCAACGGUGAGCAUGGUGCUGACCCGGGUACCUGGGCAAUGCUCGGCGCCGCGGCCUUCUGGAGUGGCAGCGGUCGUGUGACCGUCACCAUCGCUGUUAUCAUGCUGGAAAUCACCGGCAAAUUCCGUUUCCUGCCGGCAAUCAUGGUCACAGUUAUUUUCGCCAAGUGGAUCGGUGAUUGGCUGACUCAUGGCUUGUAUCAUGAGCUGCUUCACGUCAAGCACAUUCCAUUCCUGUCCGAUGCCGUGCCAAAGAGAAUGUGGUUCAGAGUCUUUGCCAAGGACAUCAUGGUGAGAGACAUGAUCACGUUCCGGCCUGUCGAGGACGUGUCUCGCAUCCGCCAGGUGCUGGAGGACAAGGCUCACAAUCACAACGGAUUCCCAGUUACUAGCGAGUCCGACGGAGAGGACGCCCUACUGCUUGGUGUUAUCUUGCGCACUCAACUGGAAGAGCUUGUUUCCGGCACGUCUAGUUUGCAGGUGGACAUUGGUCGGGUCAUGAACGAAACUCCGUCGACAGUUAUCACUGACACCACCUUUCCCAAGACAUUCCAUCUGUUCCGUGCCAUGGGUGUACGUCAUCUGAUGGUGGUGGAUCGUAACUAUCACCUGCAUGGUCUCAUCACACGGAAGGACGUUGAGCACGCGCUGCACCACAGCAAGGACAAGAAGAACAAGCACGAACACGACGGUGGAGCCGGCAAAUUCCACGAGAGUCCAGACGUUGAGGCAAGUCUGGCCUACGCUGGAGAUAGCAAUGGCGGGGAGAAGUCAACUCAACUCAGCUCACCCUUGUUGGAGGGUGAAAAUUGAUUUGGUGAUUCUGUCUAUAAAUAGGUCUGCAGCCGGGUUUGCUAGAAUUACUUUGUGAAGUGUAAACACCCUCUUUAAAUUUGUCAAGCCUAGUUUAGAUAACACAUGCUCCCCAUUUACCUUUUUUUAUCAAAUUUUGGUGCAAAAAUGAUGUUGUAAUGGCAGUUGCCAAAUGUCCUGUUCAUGAACACAGAAAGCCAAAUGAUUACCACAAGCCAUAUUCCAGCAGUGUCCUAUAUUUGCCAAGCUUCACUUACAUGCACAUGCAGCAUGUUAUUCUGUCCUCAUCAGGCGAUAUCUGCCUCACAUCAUCAGGCGAUAUCUGCCUCACAUCAUCAGCUGGAGACCUGCUUGCUGGCAGAAAAGAUUCCUCUUAGAUUCUAUGGAGAACUUAUAUUAUUGAAAGGCGCAUUAUAAUGCCGAUAAUAGUAUUUAGCCACAUUCGAAUUUUACUAAAAUGUUUCUAAGUUCAAGAAUUUUGCCUGAUUUUUGAGGCAUACAAUUUGG